GUUCUCUUCUCUAUCUAGAAAAACAAAACCCUCUCUCUCUAACUCUCUGUUUUACCCUAAAAAUUGUACAACAUUUUCUACAUAAAGCUUCUAUCUUUGCAACACCUCUCCUCAGCCCCCACACUCCUUUUCCAUCUCUCUUUCUCUCUUUCCCUUUGUCUCUUUCUCUAUCUGGGUUUAUCACUGAAACGAAACAAAAGGCAUUUUCUUUACAAAAACAUUGAUACAAGUCUCAGUUUUGAUGAGAUUUUCUUGGGUUAUAUGCGUCUCAAUUUUUUUUUUUUCUAUGAGGCAUUAAAUUAACUUAAAUGGCACAAAAUCUUUUAUGUGCAGAGAACACAAACACUUGUUUUAGUGAUCUUCUCGAUUGUAAUGCCCCAGAUGAGUUCGGGAUUCCCCUUUCUUGGCAUCAUCAAGUCAAUCGCAAUCGGAGAGAAUAUUUUUUCAAUGAUAGUGAUGAUAGUUGGAAAUCUUCUUUGAUGGGUUUAACAAUAAAUAGUGAAGAUAGGGUUAAAGAAAUGGUUGAGAGAGAAAUGAAGCAUUUGCCUAGAGAUGAUUAUCUUAAGAGAUUAAGGAGUGGUGAUUUGGAUAUGGGUAGUAGGAGACAGGCUAUUGAUUGGAUUUGGAAGGUUCAAGCACAUUACAGUUUUAGCGCAUUGAGUGUUUGCCUAUCUAUGAAUUACUUGGAUAGGUUCCUGUCAGUCUACCAAUUGCCUAAGGGUAAAGCUUGGACUAUGCAAUUGUUAGCUGUAGCUUGUUUGUCACUAGCAGCCAAAAUGGAGGAGACUAAUGUUCCUCUUUCUGUCGAUUUACAGGUAGGAGAACCCAAGUUUGUGUUUGAAGCUAAAACCAUACAAAGAAUGGAGCUUUUGGUAUUGAGCACAUUGAAGUGGAGAAUGCAAUCUCUAACUCCUUGCUCCUUCAUAGACUAUUACCUGGCCAAGAUCAGGGGCAAUCAACAUCUGUCAACCUCACUCAUCACCAGAUCAUUGCAACUAAUAUUAAGCAUAAUUAAAUGUAUUGAUUUCUUGGAAUUCAGGCCUUCAGAGAUUGCUGCAGCAGUAGCAAUAUUUGUUUUAGGAGAAGUCCAAGCAGUGGAUGUUUACAAGGCAAUGCCUUGUUUUACACAUGUAGAAGAGGAAAGAGUGUUGAAGUGUGUUGAAUUGAUUAAGGACCUGUCAUUGAUUAGUGGGUCUGCUACCACUAGUAGUGGUGAUAAUGUGGCAAAUGCUUCAGCUUCAUCUGUGCCCCAGAGUCCCAAUGGGGUGUUGGAAGCUGCAUGCUUGAGCUAUAAAAGUGAUGAUACAACAGUUGGGUCAUGUGCAAACUCCUCCCAUACUAAUACUCCAGACACUAAGAGGAGGAAACAAACCAACAACAAUCCAUCCCAAGUGGAAAACAAGUCAUGAGAUUAUCACUUCCAAUUUUGUGUGAUUAUGGAGGAUGGAAUUGGAGACUGUCCUUUUAAGUAACAGUAACACAGAGGAGAGAGAGAGAGAGAGAGAGAGAGAGAGAGAGAGACAGAGAGAGAGACAGAGAAGAAAAGGGUUUUUUUUUCUUGAGUAAUAAAUAAUGGUUAAGGAUAAAUCAAAGAGACCCUGAAAAAGCUAAGUUACCAGUCUGUUAAUAGGUAUCAUAGUGGAUGGCAAGGGAUGGGUUUAGAAAAUUAUACAGUUCUCAUUUUGUUGUAGCUUCCAUUUCAAGGAAAGAUAUAUAUAAUAUACAUAGAGAGGGAGAGAGGGAGGGAGAGAAGGGGAAAAAUAUAAUUUUUAUUUCCAAAAGAAAAAGUAAUUUCCCAUUUUCUUUUUAUCCCUUUUAUAUGUUUAUUCUGUCAAAACUUGAAAUAUCAUUUUAUUGAUUUCAAGAGCAGCAAAUACAAAUAGUAAUAUCAAAUCCAAUCCAAUAAGUCAUAAAAUAACAGCCCAACCCACCAAAAAAAGGGAAAAAACUAAAGAGCAAAGCAGGAAGGGGGGUUAAAUCUGAUUCUUAUAGUAAGCAAUAAGAGAUGUAUUUUCUUUCUUUUCUUUUGAAGAAUAAGAGAUGUAUUUCUUGUUACUUUGGUUUUCUGUCCUCAAUAAAGAAACUAAAUUGAAAUAAAAUAUUAAUGAUCUUUAUUUC